AUGCACGCGGUAAGCAUUUCAUUGGGUUCCACGAGCACUAUUGUUGCUGUAGCAACUGUCAGCGCUACACAAACGGGAAUCGAAAGCUCAGUGCCCGUCCGCGUUAUCGCAAAUUCCUCUGGUCACCGUGUAACCCCCACGAUGGCGGCAUUUGCGGAAAACAACGAGGUUCUUUUUGGUGAAGAUGCACGCGCUCUGUACGCACGGGCACCGCAGGUCGUUGUGCCAUACCUCUUUGCUUUUGCAGCUGUUGCCAACGAGUACCAGCGUCGGGGUUCAGGAGUUUUUCGUAACGAUGAAAACAACGACGGCAGUGAUGACAUUCCGUUAGAUCAACCGCUUACGAAUCUGUUGCAGAGGGACGUUGAGGCUGCUGCUAAAUUACACUACAAAGGACAUUGUCCCUUCCAACGUGAAGAUGGGAGUGAUAUACUCCGGUUUGGAUUUCGGCCACCACAUGAAGGUGAUGAUGACGAUGAUGGCAGCGCAGCGAAGGAGCAAACUCUCUUACCGGCGGAUGAAAUGAUGGUGAUGUUCUUCGAUCAUAUUAAACGGCACACAAUCGAUGGUGCGUGUGGCCUUGUCGCUACCGCCGCCGACUCAGACCAAGAGAAAUCGACGCAAAGUGACGAUCAAGAAGCGAGAGUUGUGCUUACCGUUGUGGUCCCGCGACACCUAUUCCCUGAAGCAGCGGCACCGGACGUUGAGACGGAUUCUCCAAAGGGUGCCAACAGCGAUUCUGCAGAAGAAGGCGGCACAGACAGUGAUGGAAAAGACACGCCGUUCUUCAGGCGUUGCAGUUCACUUCAGUGGGUGAGGAAUGCAGUUGGAAGAUCCCAUUUGGGAUCGGUCGCGGCUCAUAUUUCAGUGAUAUUUGCAGAUGAAGCGGUUCUACUAGGAAUGGACACGCUGCCAUGCCGACCCCAUCAAUCUCAUCGUAUGGCUGGCCACCAUUUCCUGCUUCCGCCCACUGUGGUGGAAUCCACGAAACCGGCCCCGGCGUGGCCGUCAGCGCGUGUACUUGUAGUGGAUUGGGGUGCCCUCGGUGUUUCACUGACAGCACACCGUCUCGAGGGAGGUUGUUUGCUUAGUGAAAUGCGUUCACGCUUUCUUCGUGCAAGCCAAACAGCACCCACUGGUCAUAACACACGCGGCAAAACGUACUAUUUAGCGUCAAAUAUCUGCGGUGGUGGUGUUGCAGUUGAUUUGGCCUUACGCGACUGUCUUGCGAAGAACUUUAUUCAGACUCAACGUCGAGUGUUGGGUUACCAGUCGUUCGCUGACUUUCCGGCGCGCGCACAGCGUCGGUUGCUGAUGGCUGUGGAAGAAAAGAAACUUGCACUCAGCAAGGCAGCUCAGGUUCCGGUAGAGAUUGAGGCGCUUGCAGAGGGCGUAGACCUGCGAGAUAAUGUCACAUUUUCUCGUACGAGGGUUAACGCAUCUUUACGUGGUGAGUGGGGUGUGCUUGACGGGUUUGAGAAGGUACUUCGGGAGUACUUACAAGAAACACCGGGCGAUAAGGAUAAGGAGGAGUUAAUUAACGUGGUGGUGCUGUGCGGUGGAAUGCUUCAAAUACCGUUCGUAGCUCAGUCACUUCGUCAGCUAUUUGUUCAAUAUGCCUCUGUGACUAGUAGCAAUCGGCUUCAAUUUUCACGGGAUCUUGUCGUUAUGGAGGCUGGCGCAUGCACGACUAUGUGUGUGGAGGGUAAUGGGGACAGUGCCGGUAGCGGGAGUGCAAGAGUUCCACACACGGUGGAAGGCACUGGGAGCAUUGGGGCAGAAGAGCUCGCUUGUGUUGGUGGUUGUUUGCAUAGUUAUCAUAUUGCCCUUGCGGUCAUAAAGAAGAGGGAGGUGCGAUUAGGUGGCCAGAAAGAAGGUAGUAAAAAUGUCCGGGUUGGUCAUAAGGGAGCGACACCAGCGCUUAGCUGGCGGAAGCAAAGGCGUGCGGAAGAGGCGAAUCGUGUAUGGCAUGCCCUCACCCGUGGUGCUGUUGACUCUUCUAAAGAGGCGGUUGAUUCCACAUCCGGUGAACUCCUGAUAUUGCAGCGGCCUGUUUUCCUCCUUUUGCACUCAGGCGUGGAAGAAUUACGCCUUGCUCUGUCGCAGCAACAAGGACCGAACGACUCAUGUUUUCACCUGCCGAGCUCCGUACUGACUGUACUCUUUGCUGCCCACACCGCAUUACCUGCCCGUGUCCUUGUUCCACUCCAAGAGGGGAAGCGGGGACCGAUUGUCUUGUAUCUUUUCACCGAGGAAGAGAAACAAAAGAAUGGGGAUGCAAUAGCAGAUGGCCUUGUCUCCUUGUCUCCUCUAACCGAUAAGGGCCUUGUGCUGGGGGGACCAACUGACGGCGGCGAACAUAAAUAUUAUGUUGUCUUCACGCUUCGUCCCUCCAAUGCUGGAAAUCGUGGAGAUCUCGAUGGUGAAGAAGUCGGGAGUGUAAAUGGUAGAGUGCGUAUUUCUGGGGUGAGCACGGCGAAAUUUAUGAACUUGGCAGUGCAGUUGGUGCGCACUACAUCUGAGGCGGCUGAACCACAAGUCGUGAUGUCGAGUAACCUGCAGGCGAGCGUUAUGGUGGAUUUGUAA